CAUGAUUUAGGUUUAGGUCUGUGUUUAGGUUACCAACCUGCCAAUUCAUUUCCAAACUUUAAGUUUUAUUGUAUUUUGGUUAAAAAAUAAUGUUAAUGCAAUAAAAUUAUUUCAACUGCAUUAAAACGAUGUCAAUUGUCUUAACAAAGGCAGCGCUCGCUUUGAGAAACGCAGAGAACAAUUUUAAAGUGGUUAAAUUUGAAGCGCACAAACCUAAGAAGAAGCAUGUAGAGGAAGAUAGCAAAGUUGAUUCAAAACAAACAUUACCUUCAAAGCGUGAUUUGGAUUUAAAGCAAAUUCGCCACGAGAUUGUAAAGUUUGGGAUGUCUGGUUUCGAUACAACAAAAAAAGAGCAGGCCAAAAUAGCAUUGGCAGUAAGUCUAGGUGCUAAACCACCAAAGCGAGAAUAUGUUAAUUACAAAGAACUUAUGGAAAGAAAGAAACUGGAAAAACAGACAAAGGAUGAUGAGAGGAAAAUGAUGAUAUCCAAAAGUAUAUUGAGUACAGGCACCAAGAAGAAAAAGAAAAGCGCAAAUAAUGAUGUUGGGCAUUUUUUGAGUAGUUAUGGAAAGGUUCAGAAAAAAGAUCUGAAAAAGGAUGAUAGUAAAUUUAAAGGAAAGAAGAAAAAGAAACAAAAAAUUAUUUAA